GACUUCUUCAUCCUAAAGUUGAUCUGAACAACUGUCGCCUACUGUUCUUAGGACUGUGGUGAUUUCUUUCCUGUAAUCCUGUGACCAGUAUUGGCAGCAUCAUGCUCCAAUUAGUAUUGCUACUGCUGUGUCUGCAGAGUUUUAACCAGCCAGCAGCAGCAAAAAAUGAGAGUCUUUUACUGAACAGUCAAGGUAUCAGUGAAGCUCCAACACCAGUGACUAAUGAGACCUCUGAUUACUAUUAUGAAGAAUCUACGCAUAAUGAUAAAAGUAAUACCAUGUCACAAUGGUUGGAUGAAUUCAUGGAAGAGACAGAUGAAUGUAAUCCAAAUCCCUGUUACAACGAUGGUGUAUGCGAGAAUGAUGGUGAUGGUGAUUUCACAUGCAUUUGCCCCAAGCCUUUUAAGGGCAAAAGAUGUCAAACUGUCAUAAAUGUGUGUAAGAAUGUCAAAUGCGGUCGUGGCGAGUGCGUCCUUAUUGAAAAAGAGCCCUUUUAUGAGUGCAAGUGUAUCGCACCCUUCCAGCCUCCCAGCUGCAGGAAAGCUGCAGCCUGUAAUCCCAGUCCCUGUCUGAAUGGUGGAACAUGUUUCAGGGGUCGUACAAGAACUCAAUUCCACUGCAAGUGUCCUGAAAACUACAGUGGAAAGUUCUGUCAAGUUGGUCCUGAUGAUUGUUAUGUGGGAGAUGGGGCAUCAUACAGAGGUUUUGUCAGUGAAACUAAGUCUGGACAUGAGUGUCUACCUUGGAAUUCUCAUGUCUUUUUAACUGUUGCUACUGCUGAAGAUACUAAUGAUGUUGAUGAAGAGGAUGAUGGAAUUGGAGAACAUAACUAUUGCAGGAACCCAGAUGGGGAGAGCCAGCCUUGGUGUGUCUUUAGACACAAUAACACACUAAGUUGGGAUGACUGUAAUGUCGCACGCUGCCCCGAACCAGCUAAGCCACCAACCACUGAUAAACCUGUAACAAACACCACAACUGCUCCAGAAAGUGAGUUUUCUGUGUGUGGCAACCCAAUGACAAGUAGGAUUACAUCUAGGAUCUUUGGGGGAAGAAAGUCCAAGCCUGGAACUCAUCCUUGGCAAGCUUCUGUGCAGAUGCGUCGAAGAAACACUGCUGAUAACUUUAAGCAUUUUUGCGGGGGAAUUGUCCUCCACUCUUGCUGGGUCCUCACUGCUGCUCACUGCAUGGACAAGAUGUUUGACAUGCAGGUGGUUCUGGGUGGUGUGGAUCUUGAAAAGCAUGAGGCAGCAGAUCAGACUGUGGCAGUCGAAAAGUAUUUUGUACAUGAUAACUACACAGAAAUUGAUGAUGUCCAGUACAAUGACAUAGCCUUGCUCAAACUGAAGGCUGAGUCAGAAAAUGGACUUUGUGCCAGAGAGACCAUGUUUGUUAAAGCAGCCUGUCUGCCUCCUGGGCCUUUUCCUGAUGGGAUGGAAUGUGCUAUAUCAGGCUAUGGAGUCACUGAGACAGAUGAGAGCGGUUCUAGUCAGUUACUGGAAACAAAAGUUCUCCUAAUCAGCCAGGACCGCUGCAAGGCUCCUAAUGUUCUUGGUGAACUGCUGGAUGGCAACAUGCUUUGUGCUGGACGGAUGCAAGGAGGGGUUGAUGCCUGUCAGGGAGACUCUGGAGGCCCGUUGAUCUGUAAGCAGAAUGGCACACAUUAUGUCUAUGGAGUGGUGAGCUGGGGCGAUGGCUGCGGCAAGAAGAAUAAACCUGGUGUUUAUGCCCGUGUCACUCAAUUUCUUGACUGGAUCAAUAAAAAGAUGCGUUCCACGUAAUGUCAGCCACAUGUUGUUUAAUGUUUUAAUUGCCACAAUGACAUAUAUUAUCCAUCUUUCACAAAAACCUUAUAUUUGUUUUCAUGGCCAAAAUAAAUGUCAGACAUCUGUAUUAUAAAAUAUUCACAAUCCAAAUAUGAUCACA